GGCACAUCUCCCUCAAGACCACCAGAUCCAGAGAUACGGCCAGAGCCUCCCUCACCAGCCUCUCACCCACCAUGAAGCUCACCAUCGCCAUCGCCCUGGUCACCCUGACUCUCUUCUGCAGUCGUGCAUCUACAGAGGUCUGCCCAACCCUUCUAAAUAUCCUUGAAAACCUCUUCGUGGGCACACCUUCCAGCUAUCAGGCUACCCUUGAACCCUUCAGCUCUGACAAAGACAUGAAAGAUGCAGUGUUCCAGUUGAAGACACUGGUGGACACCCUCCCCAAGGAGGCCAAGGCCAGCAUAAUGAAGCUUAUGGACAAAGUAGUCAAAAGCCCACAGUGCGCUUAGGAUUUAGAAGCUGAAGAUCUCCACCUGCCGAGGCCCCUGCCACUCCCCAGAUGUUUCCCCACCAGCCCCGCCUGGCUCCCUGCAAUAAAGUACAAGC